AUGAUCGAGGAGAAACCUAGGGCAUGGCACGACUUACUCCCCGAAGCCCUUUGGGCUUACCGAAUCUCAAAACGAUCGGCCACGGGCACGUCUCCUUACGACUUAACCUACGGUCAUGACGCCAUCGUUCCAAUAGAGUUAAAGGUUCUGUCUCUACGUGUGACCGAACAGCCUGGACAAGAAAGGAAGGACUAUAUGCAGGCCAUGGCUCAGGAGUUAGAAGAUUUGGAGCAAUCCAUGCUCGAUGCUUAUAACCUAAUGCAAGCACAGAAGCAGAUUGCGGCGAGGGCCUAUAACAGAAGGGUCAAACAGAAGACUUUCGCCGAAGGCGAUUUAGUGUGGCGAGCCGUGCUCCCUAUCGGGACGAAGGACCCUCGGUUCGGCAAAUUCUCACCCAAUUGGGAAGGCCCGUUUAUUAUUGAACGAAUUCUUGGCCGAGGUGCAUUUCAGUUAAGAGAUAGGGAUGGAGAAUGGCACAAUUUGCCAAUAAACGGCCAGUAUUUAAAGAAAUAUGCCCCGUCAUUAUGGGAGACGGCCGAGAAAGAGUUAUGA